ACGUGACGUCGCAACGGAGAAUGUCGAGUUAUUCCGAGAGUACCCGAAGAGCAGAACAAGAUGGCGUUGGCCAGGAGAGGAAAGAGUUCUGUUCUUCUCUCAUCUAUUCCCCUGCAAAUCCUGCUGUACCUAAAUGCCGCAUAUUAUAUAUUUUACUUCUUAGCAACGCUGCUGCUGAUUAUUUAUAAAAGCCAGGUUUUCAGUUAUCCUGACAGCAACCUAGCUUUGGAUCUGGGUUUACUCUUCGUUAUGGCUGUUCUUGAAUCUGUGAGGAUUUACCUUGGAACAAAAGGCAAUUUGACAGAAGAAGAACUACCCUUAGGAUUUAGCUUGAUCCUCACUGCAGCUAAUGUCAUCCUAUGUGUGUAUUUCUUAGUUUGGGAAACAUACAUUCUAAGGGCAGAUGUCAUCAUUAACGCCAUCUUACUGGUUUUCUAUGGGCUGGAGGUCAUCCUGGAGCUCUUCACCAUUGCGGCAUUCUUCCGUUAGCAUGUUAGAGACUGUUCCACCAAAUCUACUUCUAGUUAUGUCACGAACAACUACCAGAAAACAGAUAGUAACAUCGUCAUUUGGGUUA